GGAAGAGGAGCGAAGCGAAAACACUUUUGAAAGUAUGCCAAAUGGCUUUUCACUAUGAAUUCAGUUGCUUUGCUAGAACAGAGGUUCGUGGAAACAAUGGAUGUAAAGUUAGAGGGAUAGGUGCGGCAGAAAAGGAAGUCUUUCUCUACAGCGCUUGAUGAAUGUGCCAAAAAUCUUGGUUUUGAACGUGGAACUUCGGAAACACUUGCACUGUGUUUCUGUGGUACAAGAGCUGAGACAGGAAGGAAACGAGGAGAAACGCAGAGAGAGACAAAGACUAAGAAAAGAGAACACUUGAAGGAGGUCAUUGGGGCUUUCCACCGUUUAGAGUUUAAAAAAAGACAAGAAAUAGGUAGGACAGAGUGAGGAGGGAGACUAAUUGUUGAAUCACAACCAGAUCAGACAUCAGGAGGAGUGUGACGACUUAAGUUUAUGAGCAACCAGUGAGCAAACACCAGAAAAUAGUUCCUUCUAAGGCACAGCGACAGCUUUGGUGCAAGGACAACAAUAAGCAGAAGAGUUAGAAAGAAGAUUUCAAACGCAAGUGAUGGACUGCAAUUGAAUCGGCAACAAAUGAGAAAGUAUGUCUUGUCCUACUGAAGAUUUGUACUACAAUAACGGGAUUUGCUGUGACCGCUGUCUUGCAGGAACUUAUGUACAAACUGAAUGUGACAAACAGCAGAAAACCAAGUGUGAUGUCUGUAAACACGGAACCUACACAGCCACCAGAAAUCACGUCUCUAAAUGUAUCACCUGCAAAAAGUGCAGUUCUAAGAGCCACCUGAAGGAAGAGAGUGCCUGCACAGCUGAGAGGGACACUGUUUGUGUGUGUGUGAGAGGUUACUACUGCAGCAAUCCUGAUUGUGACCACUGCCGGUCAGUGACCUCAUGCAGUCAGGGUACAGGAGUCAAAGUCUUAGCAACUCGCAUAAACGACACAAUAUGCCAAAUGUGUGAAAAGGGAACCUACAGCAAUGUGACGGAUUUCUACUCCCCUUGCAAAGCUCACACCAGAUGUGAAGACAUUGGAAGACAGCUUCUAACUCCUGGAACUAAAGAACGGGAUGCUGUCUGUGGAGACCUCAGAACUCAUUGUUCUUGGAUGCUGCCUGCAGGCCUGUGGUCGGGAUUGGUGCUGACGUUGCUCAUCGUGGCAGCUUUCAUCUUCUGGAAAGCUAGACGCAGAUCAUUCAGAGCAGCAGUUAGAUGCAGUGUUCCUGUUAAAAAACUGAAGAGUGAUCCCCCACCGCCUGUCAUUCCACCAGAGUUGCCUUCUCAUUGCCAAGAAACCUGCCCGGUUAUUGACUGCAAAAUAAAAAUUUUAAAUCCGGAUGACCCUCCUACCAUCUCCAAGGGGGAGGACGAAGACAGCAGUCUCCCCAUCACAUCUCUCCAAUGUGAUUGCAGUCACAGUACAGUUUACUGCCCCAGCAGUUUUGUCAGGUUGCACUCUGAGCCACAAGAGGACGAGUGGUGCGGGACAUAAACUAUAAAUCUAAGAGUUCAUUGUUAUUUUUUAUGACUAGAACAGAUAUUUAUACUGAAGAUAAGAUUUUAUUUUUUUAGCAGUGUCUCCCUUAAAGGUCUAAGUCAUCCUUUAAACCAGAAAUCACCAUAAAUGAGAUAAUAAACCAAGUUUGUAUAAAGUGGAUGUUAGUGUACUGCCACCUGCGGGUCUCUGGCAAAUACUGCAACUGUGAAGAAUUGCUUCUGUGAGGAAAUAAGUUUGGUUUAAAAGGAAAAGAGCAUUCCAAGUGACAGAGCUGUCCAGCAACUUGGUGUUUGGGUGCUGAAACAACAAUGAAGAUGAUAGUGGGGAAAUUGACCUUAACAUUGCAUCUCCCAAUCAUCUCAAGUCACUUGUUAGUUACAAAAAGGCCUUAAUAAUGUGUUUUUAUUUUUUGUCUUAUUUGUAAACAGAACAUUGCCAGUUGCAUUGAAUUGUCUGGGUUUUACUAUUUAAAAAACAGGCAAACGUAAACCUUUUAAUAGAUUUUUAAUAGCAACCAUUGCAAAGAGGGUUUAGUUUUAUUUCUUUCCUGUGUUGUUUGUUUUUGUUGAUUUGACAUGACAGAUUUCCAAAGCCAAUGUGGUCAUUUUUCUGUAGUUUGGAAAUUGGAUUCCUGAGAACUGUUACCAGUGGCAAUCUUGAAAAUAAAUGCAAACUGUUAUAUUUGUACAUUGCAUUGUGGGAAGACUUUAUUUGCCGGCUUAAGAUGUUCUAAGCAAAAUACCCAAACCGGCCUAAAUGCUGAUGUUUGAUCUAUGUGUUCCUAAAAUGCUAGAUUUUCUCUUAAUGCCAAACACAAAGUACAGAUACUCUGUUUAGGAAAAAGUUUUAUUUUGAGUCAUGAAACUACAGGAGAUGCUUCUUUGAUGUUUUAAUUGACUUCACAUCCUUUUGGAUUCAAUAAAGUUUGUAAUUUUUUAAAAUGUC